AUGGACAGGGAGGCUAACCUUCCGGUCCUACCGGAUAAACCUCCGAAGAGUCUGAUUAGACCCAUCUUAAACCAGGAAUCAACAUCGUCUUCUUCCUCCUCCUCGCCGGAACUUAUUCGCCAUCUCCAAGCCGCUUUCAAACGCCACCGUCCACUCAAUAUGCAGACGACUACUAUCGGGCCUCGGCGAAGUGUUGUUCCGAAACGAGAGGCUUCAAGAGGUUCACGUUUGGUAACAGGUUCUACAGCUGAAGGGCAGAGAUCUCAGGAUGUUGUUUCGCUAAGUCAGAGUCUUGCUGCUAAUACGUUGACACAGGAUACAAGAAACUUAGCCACUUCCGUUGCUGGAGAAUCUAUCGACAAUGCGUCAAUUACGCCACCUUCAGUCUCAGGAACUAUUAAUAAUAUGUUUGGUGAGAGUUUCAAGCCAUCAGACAGACAGAUGGAUUUGCCAAAACCCACUGUUGCUAAUUUAGAAAGCAAAUUGGAUAUAGGAUCUCGUAACGAAAAUGCUCACAAAAAGGUCCAAUCUCUUAUUGGUAGCACCCUCACUUCUCAUGAUAUGGAAUGGGAUGCAACAAACCAGGCUGAAGCAUCAAAUCUCGGUGGUCGUACUGGAUCAAGACAUCAGAAUCAACAGACUGGAGAGUCUGAGAUCAGUUUGAAAUCUGAAUACAAGGUUUCGUCUUCAUUGGCGAAGACACAGGGUCAUCUGGGAGAAUUUCGUAACUUCUUGAAUCAACCUGCAUCUCAAUGUUCUGUCAUGGGUUCAUCCUGUGCUACAACUACGCUAAUCCAUUCAUCUUCAGCUCCUAUGUUAAAUGCAACUACCCAAGUCUCUCGUUCGUAUGUAGAGGCUGAUCGAAAUGCAAAUCCCCAUGCUGUUAAAAGUCCAGGGAACUUGCCUUCUGUUCAUCCUUCUUCCAAGGACAGGAACAUUCUACAUGCGAAUAAGGAUGCUCCUGCAUCUGAAAUUCCUUCAUCAACUAUUGAUACAGAAUUAAGAGUCAAACAGACAGAUAAGUCUACGCAGCAACAGUGCACAACAAAAGUUGAAGUUCCAGUGGUAUCUUCCACUCAUGGGAGUGAUGGACAAGCCAAUGCUCGUCUACCCGAUGAGUUGCUUACCGGUGUUAGUUCACAGCCACAGAAACCAGAUAAGCAUGAAAAGGCUGCAAGUAGCAAAGGAACGUCAGCGCCUCGUAAAAGAAACUAUGAUCCAGACUUGUUCUUUAAAGUCAACGGAAAGCUCUAUCAAAGGCUUGGUAAGAUAGGAAGUGGAGGGAGCAGUGAGGUCCACAAAGUUAUUUCUUCAGAUUGUACCAUAUACGCGCUCAAAAAAAUCAAGCUCAAGGGUCGUGACUAUGCUACAGCAUAUGGAUUUUGCCAGGAAAUCGGAUAUCUAAAGAAGCUGAAAGGGAAAACCAACAUCAUUCAGCUAGUAGACUAUGAGGUCACGGAUAAGACUUUACUCCAGGAGGUUUUGAAUGGCACAAUGAGUAACAAAGAGGGAAGAGUUAAGGACGAUGGAUUUAUAUAUAUGGUACUGGAAUAUGGAGAAAUCGAUCUGGCUCACAUGUUGUCCCAAAAAUGGAAGGAAAUUGAAGGGUCUGACCGGACAAUUGAUGAAAAUUGGCUUCGGUUCUACUGGCAGCAAAUACUUCAAGCUGUGAACACCAUACACGAGGAACGGAUUGUGCACUCUGAUUUGAAACCCGCAAAUUUCCUUCUUGUCAGAGGCUUUUUAAAGCUUAUCGAUUUUGGUAUCGCUAAGGCCAUCAAUAGUGACACUACGAAUAUUCAACGAGAUUCACAAGUGGGGACUUUGAGUUACAUGUCACCAGAAGCAUUCAUGUGUAACGAAACCGAUGAAAAUGGAAACACUAUAAAAUGCGGAAGGCCAUCAGAUAUUUGGUCACUUGGUUGCAUACUAUACCAAAUGGUAUACGGAAGAACGCCUUUUGCAGAUUAUAAGACCUUCUGGGCGAAAUUCAAAGUCAUAACCGAUCCAAACCACGAGAUUACUUACAAUCAGCUCUCAAACCCGUGGCUUAUCGAUCUAAUGAAGAAAUGUCUAGCUUGGGACCGUAACCAAAGAUGGAGAAUCCCUGAGCUUCUCCAACACCCUUUCCUUGCUCCACCGAUCCCACCCGAGCGUCAAGUGAAAAGCAUUCAACUGCUAAGUCACAUAGCUGAAUCUUUUGGUAGUGAUGACCAUAAAGCAAACACAAUGAUCUCUCAGCUUGAACAAUUGCUUACAGAUCCUGCUCCUCUUCCAAGAAAUGAUCUGUUAGAUUCAAGAGACGAAAAACAUCAACUUCUCUCUCGGGUUUCAGAACUUUGUCUUCAACUCCAAGAUCUGUUACUAGGUCUUGAAGGAGACAAAAAGUAA